AGAAUAGUGCAAGAUGUGGAUGCCACAGAUGCAGCUGCACUUGCUCUCUUCAUAAUGCAGCCAUCUAUCAAAGGGCGGCUCAUCCAGGAGGUCAUCAACUUCUUCCAGUCUCAACUGAACAUGAAUGUAAUAGACUGAUUGGCUUUAGUUUCAUCACAGUAU